AUGAUAUUGCCGUGGUGCUCGCAGAGGUCCAAGACUCCUCGCCGGUGUCACAGGCAGGCUUGCUCUCAAACCUUGUUGACGAGUGACAUGUCCAGGGAUGUUCCAGUCCAGAGGACACAAUCCUUAAAACGUUUCACACAGGUCGAUGCUGCAAGGCCUCAGCAUGCCUCCGCACAGCAUGUGACCUAG